AUGCUGAUUGGAGCUCGCCAUCUCAUCUCUAAUGGCUCUCCCCACCUGCAGGAGUCCUUCAAGGCACUGGGUGACCAUGUCAACCAGACCAAAUUGGAGCUCAUGCGAAGCCAGAUGGCCGUGUUCAAGGAGAGUCUCGAGCAGUUUGCGCUGAAGUACAGGUCAGACAUACGCCGGGACCCUGCCUUCCGAGAAAGCUUUCAUGCCAUGUGCGUCACCAUUGGCGUGGACCCACUCGCGUCCAACAAGGGCAUCUGGAACCGCCUCCUCGGCUUUGGAGACUUUUACUACGAGCUGGGCGUGCAGUGCGUCGAGACCUGCCUGGUCCUCCGAUCCAGCAGGCGAAGGGGCUCGGCGGCCGAAGCGGUGUCCGCCGAUGAUGUGCUCAAGUCGCUGGAAAAGCUGUCGGUCCUGGGUGGCGGUUUGGGCGUGGUGACGGUCGGCGGCAGCCGCUACGUCAGGUCUCAGCCCAUGGAGCUCUCCAGGGAUGCGGCAGACGCGCUCGACUUUGCGCAGCGAUCGGGGGGCUUCUUCUCCGCCCCAGACCUAUCUGCUUCCUUGGGCUGGGCCCCCGCUCGCACCGAGUUCACGCUCCAGCAACUCCUGCGGGAUGGACUGACCUGGCUGGACCUGCCCCCCGACGCCGGCGCCCCCUGCCUCUACUGGGUGCCUGCCGUGGGCAUGGAGCAGGCGGCCGCAGCAUACGCUGCCGCCCACAGGCUCGCAUGA